UCAGAUAGAAGAUUGAUUUUGACAGACAAGCGGUGGGAAAAGGAGCGCGACAGAGAACGAGCUUGAGCCAUGACUGGCGAGGAGAAGCUACUGAUGCAGAAGAUUGCUAUUGUCUUGGACGAAAGCCGUGCCUCCUACGCCAUACACAACAGAAAGCUGAAGGAACUUUUGGCAAUUCGUUCUUCUUCCCCUCUCCAUUUCUUUUCGGCAUUCUCCAAAACCCUAACGCCCCUCUUUGACUUCCAGAAGAGAAUAGCUUCUGCCGAAAGGGUUGUCCGAUUUAUCGCUAUCUUCUCUGCUCACCGCGACGGAAAACAUUCCGCUGAUUGUGAUGCCUUCUUGGAGGAAUUUUUGCGGUUUCUUCUGGUCGCUGCUAUUGCCUCCAAUAAGACCGCUAGGUUCAGAUCUUGCCAAAUAAUUUCUGAGAUUGUAAUGCGGUUGCCAGACGAUGCAGAAGUAAGCAAUGAACUAUGGGAUGAUGUAAUAGAUUGCAUGAAAUUACGAGUAGGAGAUAAGGUCCCAGCUAUUCGUACAUUUGCAGUUCGAGCUCUUGCACGUUUUGCAAAUGAUUCAGAGAACAGUGACGUUGUUGAUGUGUUUCUUCAGGCCUUAUCUGUUGAACAAAACCCGGAGGUUCGCAAAACAAUAGUACUAUCUUUGCCUCCUUCCAGUGCAACAUCAGCAGCAAUAAUUGAGUGCACACGCGAUGUAAGUGAGUUGGUUCGUAGAGCAGCAUACUGUGUUCUGGCUAAUAAAUUUCCCCUCCAGAGCCUCAGCAUCAAACUUAGGACAAUUAUUCUUCAAAGGGGUCUUGCAGACAGGUCUGAGUCUGUAAAGAAAGAAUGUCUAAAAUUGAUGAAAGAUGAGUGGCUUGUUAGACGUUGUAAUGGAGACCCCAUAUCCCUUCUCAAGUUUCUCGAUGUAGAAACUUAUGAAUCUGUUGGGGAGGCUGUAAUUGGGACUCUCUUAAAAGCUGGGAUGGUGGAUCUGCAGGAUGGACAGAGUAUCCGACAGUUUUUAGUAUCAACCUGUGAUACAAAUGAAGGACAAUGUAUUCCCAACAUUCAACUAAUGGAAGCAGAGGUUGCUAUUUAUUGGAGAAUUUUAUGUAAGCACUUACAGACUGAGGCACAGGCAAAAGGCUCUGAUGCUGCUUCAACAAUGGGGACCGAGGCUGUAAUAUAUGCAGCAGAAGCCUCGGAUAACAAUGAACUUCUAGAGAGAAUCCUGCCCUCAACAGUUUCUGAUUAUGUUGAAUUGGUGAAGGCUCAUCUUGCUGCAGGACCAAAUUAUCAUUUUGUAUCUCGGCAGCUGCUAAUGCUUGGUGUUAUGCUCGAUUUCUCUGAUGCUACAAACAGGAAAGUUGCUAGUUCAUUUGUGCAGGAAUUAUUGCAUAGACCUAUUGAACAUGAAGUUGAUGAUGAUGGGAACAAGGUUAUCAUAGGAGAUGGCAUUAAUCUAGGCGGAGACAGGGAGUGGGCAUUUGCAGUUUCAGAGUUGGCGAGGAAAGUACAUGCUUCUGUUGGAGAAUUUGAAGAAGUGGUUCUUGGGGUUGUUGAGGAGCUUGCUCGGCCUUGCAGGGAGAGAACUGCAGACUUUAUGCAAUGGAUGCAUUGCCUUGCUAUUACCAGUCUUCUCUUGGAAAAUAUAAAAUCUUUUCACUGGGUGCAAGGAAAGGCCAUUGAACCUGCAGAAUUACUGCACUCGGUACUGCUUCCUGGGGCAAAGCAUGUUCACCCAGAUGUACAAAGAUCUGCUACAAGAUGUCUUGGUCUCUUUGGGUUAUUGGAGAGGAAACCAAGUGAGGAGCUAGUAAAGCAGUUACAGCAUUCUUUUGUAAAUGGUCCUAGUCCUGUUAGUGUCAUGGCUAGCAAGGCACUGGUUGAUAUUGGAAUGUGGCAUGGUCCUCAAGAAGUUGACAGAACAACAGGACAACAUCUCUCACAAUCUCAGGAUGAUAAAAGAAAUUUUACUCUUCUUAACUUGUGUGACUUAAAUGGGGAUUUAAAUGUUCAACUCUUAGAUCUCUUAUAUGCUGGACUUGACCAGGGUGAUUGGGUUGAAUAUGUAGAAACUGAUGAUCAUGAAUCAGUACAAGCUAUCUUAGGGGAGGGGUUUGCUAAGAUUCUUCUUUUAAGUGAGAGCUAUCUGAGCAUUACUUCUCCUUUGCAUACUUCAAUCCUCAUAAAGCUAAUCAACCUGUACUUCAACAAUGAAACAAAAGAAAUGCACAGAUUGAAGCAAUGCUUAUCUGUGUUUUUUGAGCAUUAUCCAUCACUCUCAACUGAUCACAAGAAAUGCAUUUCCAAAGCGUUUAUUCCAGUCAUGCGUUCAAUGUGGCCGGGUAUUUAUGGGAAUGUGGGUGGGUCUUCUGUACUUGUGUCUAAUAUGCGGAAACGUGCAAUCCAAGCAUCACGUUUCAUGCUGCAGAUGAUGCAAGCUGCUGUGUAUCCAAAAGAAAAUGAAAUGGAGGGUGACAAUGACAGAAGGAAGUCACCAGAAACUCCUGAUAAUCCUGAGCAGCUGCCAUUUGACUUUGAUAGUGGGGAGGAAGGGCUUGCCAUUCGCAUAGCUGCAGAGGUGGUGAACUUCCCUACAAAGAAAACAUCUGCUGGAAAAUCUUAUAUGUCAGCAUUAUGUAGGAUUGUCAUCUUGCUCCAUUUUCGGUCAUCUGAGCAAGAGGCGAUUAAAUGUAUGAGGGGAUUUUUGAAUCCAAUGGCAGAAUUUGUGCUUACAGACAAGGAGCUUGUGAAGGAGUUGACACGAAUGGCAGAUAAACUUAGAGUCCUGGACAAACAUCCAGAUCAGAGCUUAUCAGAAGAUGAAGUUAAUCUUAUUUUUGGAAGGUUAGAACUGGACAGCAAUAUUAGUAUGGAUGUUUCAACUACAAUGCCACCAACACCAGCACCACGAUCAGUCAGAUCCAUCCGGCUUAGGAGACAAGCAAGGCAGGAGUCUUCUUCAGACGAGGGAGAAACUUCACCUACUUCUGUUGUUCCUCCCACUCCUUCCAUGUUAAGCACCCGCUCUCAAAGGGCAAGCAAGACUGCAGCACUUGAUAAGAUUACUGCUAAAAGAAAUGUCAGGAUUGAGGAGACUGAUGAUGAAAAUGAUGCAGUGUCAGAUGUGACAUCUGAAGAGGACUCCAGUGACUCUGAAGAUUAUGCUUAGCAGUGAAAUGAAAACUUUCCAUCACCCAGGAGUUUGAUUGGUUGUUAGCAGGAUGAAGAUUGGUUUCAGUUGUAAAUUGUAAAGAUGGCAUCAAAGAAACAGGGUUUCUAAGAAAUGUCAAUUGUGCUUAUUUUUUGGGUUGUGCUUGUGAGUGUGACUUGAUAUAGCAAAUGAAAGGAAGGAAACCCAAACCAAGAUCUUUUAAUUAUACCACCAAUGUCAUAUGUUCUGUAUUCUGAUUUCUGCCCCAGAUCAUGUAGGAAUGAUCUGCAUGGUGACCAUGUCUGUAGCAAGAAUUGUCUGUAACAAUUUAUCCAAAAUUGUCUGUGGAUCCAAGUAUUUGAGUAAUAUCCAUCCUUUUUAGUAUUUC